AUGUAUGCUAUGUUAGAAAUAAUCGUAGGUUGCGCAGCGGGAGGCAUUGCAUGUAUAGUUCUUAACGUUCUCUUAGUUUGUGGCAUAAUUCGGAAAAGAAAAAGGAAUCGAGAGAAGUUUAGGGAGACAUACACAAAUAAUACAUACAAUGGUUUUGAGAACAACUGUGAGCUUGCUGCCACCUCAUUGUAUGCCAUCAUUAAACCUGUAGGGGAAUUGGGAUACACGCCAAAACAAAAACAGCAAUCUCCUUUACCACUGACAGACUCAAAAGGGAAGCAUACAGCAAACAUUUAUUAUGACGUGCCAGCAAAUAAACGGCCGAAAGGUAUUGGUGCAUCGCCAAUGCCUGGGUAUGCAGUUCCAAAAAAAAUUUCUAUAAAGUAUCAUAAUGGCGCAUCAUCAAAAACUAUGUUUUCAGUUCCAACAAACAAACAUGUAAGUUUUGAGCCUUCAUUUUUAUACCCUGGGUACGAUGUUCCGAAAAAGAUAACCGAGUGACAAUUCAAUGACUUUUGUGACAGGGUAUUUAAAGUAGGAAAAGCACCACACGUGGUUUAAUCUGAACAAAGUUCCACGAUGGACUUCAGGAAGACAAAACACUGGCUUGGUUUCGUCUAUAUAGAAGUGGUUUGGACACAUUCUUUGUAAAUCGGCUAACGCAAAGAAGAAAUGAAAAUAGAACGAAGAAACUAUUAGUUAAAUUGAAACGCACUGACAAAAUUAACGUGUAUGUAUGCUAAUACAUCUUUCUUUGUAGUGUUUUAUGUUAAUAGUUUAUGCAUGCACUGUUUAUUUUUAAUAGACUGUAUACCAUGCCUUUAUUUCCAGAAUAAUUUUGCUUUAGUUGAACUUAUAAGAAUGAGGUAUAAUUACCAGAUAUUGUACAACGAAUAAACUUUAGAGCACAGUUUAU